GUGAGUUUCCUAUUUUCUUUUGUUUUUUUCUUUUAAUUUCAAAAUCCCCAAAUUGAAGAUAGAAAAAUUCCACAAACCCCAAAUCCAGAAACCCAUGGACGGCCACCGCGAUCCGCCGCCGCUCCUCCGCCACACCACGACCGCGCAAAUCCUCCGCCACACCUCAUCAUUGUUCUAUUCCCACCUCCUCACCUUCGUCUUCCUCUCCUCUCUCCUCCUCACCUUCCGCUCCAAUGUCCAGAGCGCCUCCUAUUACCUCUCCUCCCUCAUCGACAGCGACCCCUCCUUGAAAUCCCUCCUCUCCCGCCUCGAUUUCUCCGCCUCCUCCUCCCAUCUCCACCACCGCCAUCACCCCCCUCUCCGCCGCCGCCGCCGCGCCUUCCUCCACCUCUCCCGCGUUGGAACCCUCGACGACGACUUCUUCUCCGGCGAUUCCGAUUUCGAUCGCUCGCUAUUCCACCCUUCCUCGAGGAAGCACGUCGCCAAUUCCACCUCCGUCUUCCUCUCCGAUUUCAAUCCGGAUUACGGAUUCUCCGAUUCGGUCAUGGAUAACGGUAUUUCUUUCCCCAAAUUGAUCAAGCCUGGGGUUUUUAGCUUCAAGCCUGAAUUCAGGAAGAAUGUCACUCUAUUGGAGGAGGAUGAUUCCAAAUUCGUCGAGAGCAGGCUGGAUGAUGGGAAGGCGGUGUUGGAUUUGGAUUUCCUGAUCAAGGGUUUCGAAUUGGGGAAUCGUGAUGUGUCGUCGCUCUUCUUCUUAGCGGGUGUGUUGUCGGCUGCUUAUGCUUAUGUUGUGCUUGCUUUCAUUGUUACAUACACCUGGGGGAACGGGAUCAUCUUCCUCAAAGUGGUGGAUCAUUUGGUGGGGAAUCGGAGAUCCUUUUUUCGAACAGUUUGGGACGGAUCGAACAUCGGACUGAAGCGGCUCUCGGGGUUUGUGCUGAUGAAAUGGGCUGUGAGGGACGCUCUAGCUCAGCUAAUGGGUAUAUUCUUCUUUGGUGAGAUUGAGGAUCAGUAUGUUUUCUUCAAAGUGUUCUUGAGGAUGAAGUUUAUGCCGUUUGCCAAUGUAGCCCCGUGGGUGAUCGGGCACGAGUGGGAGAGCGCAGGGUUCAUGGCGGUUUGGUUCUUGAGCGACGUGUUGCUUGGCUUGCUGUUUGCUGUGGGUUCUUGGGUAGCCAUUGUCGAUUCGAGACGGGGUGGGAGGGAGAUUGUGAGAGAAGGGUGUCACAUGCUGGUUGCUUUGUUCUACCCUGCAUUUGAGAUGAGGUGGAUGGAAGUCAUUGUUUGUGGAUCAGUCGGGAAAUGGGCGUUGAGGCGGGUGUUUGGGGAUUUCGUGGUACUCGUUUUCCAAUCAUCCAUGGAGGUGUAUUUCAUGGUGGCUUGGUUGGUGUUCUACCUCGCAGCAAGACACAAGGAUGAUACUUCACUCGGGAGAACGUUCGGGCGGCGCGAAUUGGAAGGUUUUCUUGAGGUUGCUAGGUGAUUGAUAUUUGAUAUACUGAUCAGAUGAUAAUUUGGUAGAAAAAAGGGGUUAAAAUCUGUGUCUCGUGCGAAAAAAAAAGUAGUUGUAACAUGCUCAGUUGCAAUAUGCUGAAAUAGAGGUAAGAAAUCUUUGGUGCUUUUGCUGUUGAAUUUGCAACAGAAAAAGAUAAAUUUGAAUGAGCACUGCCAUUUGUUUUGGUGAUUAUGCUUUUGUAUGUACGAUGAUAUAUGAGGUCAUAUGUUGUAAGUCUUCUCACAUAAAUUCCAUGAUGUAUAUACACCUUUGCAGCCUCUGGCUUUGUUCUUUUU